AUGAAAUUCUCUUUAUCAAUCUUUAUCAUUUCAAUGUUGUUGGUUGCAACAACCACAUCAAGUUAUGUUACUGUUUUAAAUUAUCAAACCAAUGCUUGUAAAGGUAAUUAUGUUAGCCAACACUCAAUGUUGGAAGAUACUUGCUUUGAUGGUGUCAUGUAUCGUUGUGCCAACAACCAAGUAACCAAGUAUGUUUAUGGUGAUUUGAAUUGCAAUGGUAUACCAUACCCACCAGUCACCACUCAAGUCAACGAAUGCGGUCAAGUCGCCAAUUUCCCAUCGGGUAUUUACCAAUGUAGCGCAAACGUCCCGUUCACAACCCAAUCAUCGAUUGUCAACGUCAAGUACAAUGGUACAUGCCAAGACUCAUGGAUGAAUAAACCAGUCUUAUACAUGUCGGCCAUCUUUACCGAUACCUGUUUCCAAUAUGACUCUAAAUCGUCAUAUAUCAUCGCCUGUGACCCCAACGGUGCACCAUUAAUGGACAGUUACAUCCUGACUGAAGUCAAAGGUCCUAAAUGCAAAGGUCCAUCUUAUCAACAAGUAGUUCCAUACACUCCAACUUGUGGUGAUGCUAAUGGCAUGACAUCUAAAAUGAUUUGCAAUCAAUAA